AUGAUCCACCUGCUAAAAGAGUCAUUUGAACUGGAAUCAAAACCUAUUACUCAGUUCUACAAACUGUUUCCUUGGCUGAUGAAGGUGCCUGGACCCCAUCAGAAACUUUUCCAAGUUAUAAACUCUUAUCUUGGAUUUUUAGAAGACAUCAUCCAGAAACACAGAGACACCUGGGAUCCCAGCAUCAGGAGAGAUUUUAUUGAUGCAUUUUUUGAAGAGAUGGAAAAAAAUAAGGACAAUCCCAACAGUACGUUCAGUGAGAGGACCCUUCUGUACAUCAUGGCUGAUCUCUUUGUAGCUGGUACAGAUACAACCUCCAACACAUUACGCUGGUCUCUUUUAUUGAUGCUGCACCACCCUCACAUCCAGGAGAAGAUUCAUAAAGAAAUAGACGAUGUGAUUGGAAGAGAUAGGUUGCCUACAAUAGAAGACCAAUCCAAUAUGCCAUAUACCAAUGCUGUCGUUCAUGAGGUCCAGCGCUAUGGAAAUAUCCUGCCUAUGGCUCUGCUCCAUAUGACAUAUAGAGACACCAACAUCCAAGGUUUUGAAAUACCUGAGGGCACCACUAUCAUACCCAACUUGACAUCUGUUUUAAAAGAUGGCACUAUUUGGAAGAAACCACAUCAGUUCUACCCAGAGCACUUCCUAGAUUCAGAAGGAAAGUUUGUGAAAAGAGAGGCAUUCAUUCCAUUUUCUGCAGGGCGUCGCAUAUGUGUUGGGGAGCAACUGGCAAGAAUGGACCUUUUUAUAUUCUUUACAUCUUUGCUGCAGCGUUUUGAAUUCCACAUUCCGUAUAAACAGCCACCCCCUCGUCUUGAUCCCUUAAUUAUGUUCAACCUUAGCCCACACCCCUUCCAAAUCUUUCUCCAAGUACGCUGA